AUGGCAGGCGACUCUACUUCUACUACGUCUGGAACAUCAUCCACUACACAUAAUUCCUUCGUUACUGCUUUUCCUUCUCCCAACCUUGCCCAUCAACUGCCUGUUAAACUUACAUCCUCCAUUUUUUUGUUGUGGAAGACACAAUUUCUCCCUAUGGUUAGGGGUUGUGGUCUUGAUUAUCAUAUUGAAGGUAAUGAGGUAAUUCCGGAACGGCUUCUGGAUAAUAAUGAACCCAACCCUACCUAUAAUUCUUGGGUGAGAGAAGAUCAACUUGUCCUAAGUUGGAUCGUUGCUUCAGUCUCUGAAGGUAUAUUACCUCAACUAGUUGGUGCUGAAACUGCUCGAAAAGCGUGGACUAAACUUAGAGAGAAUGCAAGUAUUGAGUCAUAUAUAAUAAAGGCGAAGGGAAUUUCGGACAGGUUGGCUGCCUUGAAGCACCCAAUUUCCAAUGAUGAUUUGGUCGAAUUUGUUCUUGCUGGAUUAGGACCAACUUAUCGUCCUUUCACAAGAUCACUUGAAUCACGUCAAGAGGAGAUUUCUUUUGACGCUUUAUAUGGAAUGUUGUUGAAUGAAGAACGUCAAUUAAAACGAGAUGAAGCUCUUACUGUUAUUGCACCCAUGACACAGUUUACCCAGAGUUCAUUCACUCCUCAUCGUGGUCGUGGGAGAGUAGGAAGAGGUAAUCGAGGUCGUGGACGCUAUCAUAAUCAAGGAUUCUCUCAGUCAACUCAAAAUCGUGCUUCCCACCAGCCCUCUAAUCCAAUACCUUCAGACAUGUCACAACUAUGA